CAGGAGUUUUAAGUUCAUGUAUAACGCACGGAAAGUGGAGGGUUAAAAGUCCUACAUUUAUGGAAGAGAAGAAGAAGACUUUUAUUUUGCUAUGUUGUGUGUGACGUCAUUAGGCUGCGCCUCAUCUCAGAGUGCAGAAAGAGAAAAGCUCCUGGAGAAGCGACAGAGAUCCACACCGUUAUACCGAUGGCGUUUAUUAAAGAGGAGAGGGAAGAAGUGAGGAUCUCAGAAGUGUUCCAACUCCAGGUCAAGCUGGAAGACCCCGAGACCGACCUAAUGGCACUGAAAGAGGAGAGGGAAGUAUGCAAUGAAAUUGAAGAGAAAGAUCAGAAUGAGAAUCUUCUUGAUUUCCUAACUGGAGAAAAAUCUUUCAGUUGUUCACAGCCUGAAAAGACUUCAUUGCGAAAAAACACUCAAAAUACAAGAACAAGAAAUGAUUUAACUUGUUUUAAGUUAGGCACGAAAUUUAAUCGACAUGGAGAACCUAAAGUCAUUAUAACUGGAAAGAAGCAAUUCACCUGCCACCAAUGUGGAAUGAGUUUUGCUCUACAUAGAAACCUUAACAUCCACAUGAGAAUUCACACUGGAGAGAAGCCCUAUUCAUGCUUUCAGUGUGGAAAGAGUUUCAAUAAGAAUAACCACCUUAAAGUCCACAUGAGAAUUCACACUGGAGAGAAACCUUACUCCUGCCUUCAGUGUGGAAAGAGUUUCAGUAAUCGGGGAAGACUUAAAGUCCACAUGAGAAUUCACACUGGAGAGAAACCUUACACAUGCUCUCAGUGUGGAAAGAGUUUCGCUCAAAAAGUACGCUUUGAAGCCCACAUACGAAUUCACACCGGAGAGAAGCCGUUUACCUGCCAACAUUGUGGAAAGGGUUUUAAUUAUCGUCGGACCUGGACAGACCACAUGAGAAUUCACACCGGAGAGAAGCCUUUCACCUGUCAACAGUGUGGAAGAAGUUUCACACAAAAAGGAACCUUUAACAGGCAUCUGAGAGUCCACACCGGAGAGAAGCCUUACACCUGCCAACAGUGUGGAAAGAGUUUCUGUCAACUUAGAUCCAUAAAGAACCACAUGAGAGUCCACACCGGGGAGAAGCCUUACACCUGCCAACAGUGUGGAAAGAGUUUCUGUCAACUUAGAUCCAUAAAGAACCACAUGAGACUUCACACCGGAGAUAAGCCUUUCACCUGCCAACAAUGUGGAAGAAGUUUCUCACAAAAAGGAACCUUUAACAGGCAUCUGAGAGUCCACACCGGAGAGAAGCCUUACACCUGCCAACAGUGUGGAAAGAGUUUCUGUCAAAUUAGAUCCAUAAAGAACCACAUGAGAGUUCACACUGGAGAGAAGCCUUUCACCUGCCAACAGUGUGGAAGAAGUUUCACACAAAAAGGAAUCUUUAACAGGCAUCUGAGAGUCCACACCGGAGAGAAGCCUUUCACCUGCCAACAGUGUGGAAAGAGUUUCUGUCAACUUAGAUCCAUAAAGAACCACAUGAGACUUCACACCGGAGAAAAGCCUUUCACCUGCCAAACGUGUGGAAAGAGUUUCAAUCAACAUCGAACCUUAAAAAACCACAUGAGAGUUCACACUGUAGAGAAACCAUACACAUGCCCUCAGUGUGGACAGAGUUUCAGUCAAAAAACACACUUUGAAGCCCACAUAAGAAUUCACACAGGAGAGAAGCCGUUCACCUGCCAACAGUGUGGAAAGAGUUUCAGUCAACAUCAAACUUUGAAAGAACACAUGAGAGUUCACACAGGAGAGAAGCCGUUCACCUGCCAACAGUGUGGAAAGAGUUUCAUUCAACAUCAAACUUUGAAAGAACACAUGAGAGUUCACACCGGAGAGAAGCCUUUCACCUGCCAACAAUGUGGAAGAAGUUUCACACAAAAAGGAACCUUAAACAGGCACAUGAGAGUCCACACCGGAGAGAAGCCUUACACCUGCCAACAGUGUGGAAAGAGUUUCAGUCAACUUAGAUCCAUAAAGAACCACAUAAGAAUUCACACCGGAGAAAAGCCUUACACCUGCCAACAGUGUGGAAAGAGUUUCUAUCAACAUCGAACCUUAAAAAAACACCACGUGAGAGUUCACAGUGGAGAAAAGCCUUUCAUCUGCCAGCUGUGUGGAAAGAGUUUUGCUCAAAAAGUACAAUUUGAAGAACACGUAAGAUUUCACACUAGGGAGAAGCUGUUCACGUGCAAACAGUGUGGAAAGAGUUUCAGUCAACGUCAAACCUUAGCAGACCAUGCAAGAAUUCACACUGGUGAGAAGCCUUACACCUGCCAACAGUGUGGAAAGAGUUUCGGUCAACAUCGAACCUGGAAAGAACACAUGAGAGUUCACACCGGAGAGAAGCCUUACACCUGCCUUGUGUGUGGAAAGAGUUUCACUCAAAAAGGAACCUUUAACAGGCAUCUGAGAGUCCACACCGGAGAGAAGCCUUACACCUGCCAACAGUGUGGAAAGAGUUUCUGUCAACUUAAAUCCAUAAAGAACCACAUGAGACUUCACAUCGGGGAGAAGCCGUUCAUCUUGACCGCCGUCGUCUGA